AAUGUAACAAGAAAAUUAUGAUUAAUUGAUUCAUUCCAUAUAGAGAAAGAGAGAGAAAAGGGUUGAAUUUGAUCAACUUUCUUAUUCAUAAGAAAAAAUGGUUUCUUUAACUGUCGCUAAUUCUUCUCCAAUGAGACUUUCAUCUUCUCCAAAGAUUCCCUUCUUCCAUACAAGAAAACCUUCAAAGAAACAUCCUUCUUCAUCAUUCCCUGUUGCUCGAUUAUUUGGACCAGCUAUAUUCGAAGCUUCAAAAUUGAAAGUUCUGUUCUUAGGAGUUGAUGAACAUAAAUACCCAGAAAAUAUACCAAGAACUUAUACUCUUACUCAUAGUGAUAUUACCUCUAAAAUCACUUUAGCCAUAUCUCAAACCAUUAACAAUUCUCAGUUACAAGGAUGGUGCAAUAGGAUUCAAAGAGAUGAAGUAAUUGCAGAAUGGAAAAAAGUAAAAGGAAAUAUGUCUCUUCAUGUUCAUUGUCAUAUAAGUGGCGGCCAUUUUCUUCUAGAUCUUUUCGCUCCACUUCGAUACUAUGUUUUCUGCAAAGAACUUCCUGUUGUUCUUGAAGCAUUUGUUCAUGGAGAUAUGAAUUUAUUUAGAAAUUAUCCAGAAUUGAAGGAAUCUAUGGUCUGGGUUUAUUUUCAUUCGAAUAUAUCUGAAUUUAAUAAGGUUGAAUGUUGGGGGGAGUUGGCCGGAGGAAUUCAUCGCCGGAAGGAAAGUCCGAUGAAGUGGGAAUGGUCGGAAGUACCAAAUCCAUGUCAGGAAGAUUGUAAUUGUUGUUUUCCGUCGGUGAUGACGUCAAUGAACGGCGGAAUAAUUCCAUGGCCUCAUUCUCAUAUUAAUCCGGCGGGAUUGGCCGGAGAGGGAGAAAUUCACCGGCGAUCGUUGAAUUAGCUUUUUUGCGUAUCCCUUUGUAAAUAUUACAUUUUAGAAACUAAGAAUUAAAGAUUUAUUGAUAGAAACCAGAUUAGUACAUGUACUAUGAUAUAAUUAAAUGUAUUGUGAUUUGUGAAUGGA